AUGGUGAGGCCAUCUGCUGCUCUGCUGGAGGUAUUUUCCUCAUGGAAAGGAGGAGCAAUUCAGGUUCAGAACAAUGUCAAAUUGAAAACAAGACUCGAUAUCAUACUAAACCGUCCAGAGAAGAAGAAUUGUCUAUCUGGAGAGAUGAUGAAACAAUUUGGACAGCAAGUAGAGAAGUUCUCAAAUGAGGAAAAUGCAGUAAUCGUUGUAUCUGGAGUUGGAAAAUCAUUUUGCUCAGGAGCAGAUCUAGGACUUAUCAAAGAUAUUUCUGAUCAGAAACUUGGUGUUGAUAUGUUCGAAUAUAUGUCAUCCAUUCUCUCCCUUCUUCACUUUUCUCCAGCCAUUUCGAUAGCUAAAAUUCAUGGACAUGCUCUCGGAGGAGCCACUGAAAUCUGCUCAGCGACUGACAUUCGUAUUGCACAUUCCACUUCAAAAAUUGCAUUUUUUCAAUCUAAAAUGGGCAUUGUCCCAUCGUGGGGAGGUGCUGAGUAUUUGGAAAAAAUAAUGGGAAGAGGAAAAGCACUGGCAGCAAUGGGAAGAGCUAACGUUAUGUCGGCAGAAGAAGCAAAGAAACAGGGUUAUGUUGAUUUUGUAUUCGAAACGGAUGAAGAAGCAGAUAGCUUCAUCAAUCAGAUUGCUAGUAGCGGUUUGGCAGUGACUAAAGCUCAGAAAGCAAUGCUCAAUGCUGUUAAAAAAGGAAAAGAAGAACAGAAAACGAUAUUACAACAAGUCUGGAACGGCGAAACUCAUCGGAAAGCUUUACAGAAGCAAUUAGAUGCAGUCGUCAAAAAAUGA